UAGCCGACUAUCUUUCAUUCAAUUGCGUUUGAACAAUACAGCCUCUUCGUUCGACCUUUUUUUCCUUGGUGAUUAGAGCUGGGAUUUCCCCGUCUUUUGGUGAGGAAUCUUUCAAUUACCACAAUUCACCCUUUCGAAUCCACCGGUCCCUCAGCAAGGCACUACCACUUCGCCGACAGCCCCAUGUGUGCGAGCAGCGAUCCAUUAACUCUAGCCCAGGUGAUCAUCGUAGAAUUCUCUGUGACAUAAAAACUAAUGGGUGUCGUGCUUAGCAUUGCUUCCCACAAUGCUCUGUCUCUCGCUUUGUCGAGUCUUUGUCGAGUCUCAGUACUUGCUCCUUCCACGGCCCUGCUAAUGACAGUUCUUGCAUCCGCUGAGUUCCAAUCAGAUAUGUCGUUAGUCCUAAGAACAUACUAUUCAAAAAAUACUACCUUGCAUUUUUUCUGGCCCAGCGUAGAGGAACCGCACCUUUCGAUAAACUCAAACUCGGGGGUUUAGCAAGAGCUAUAAAAGUUAAACAGUGAUUUAAUAUCAGCACACGCUACUAUCAACAGACUUUGCUUAUAAG